CCAUCUUUUGAAUUCUACAAUGGUCAAUUGUUGUGUCCCAGGAUGCACCAAUUAUUCUUCGAAAACUUCAGACGUUAGUUAUCAUAAGAUACCCAAAGAUUUAAAGCUUCAAAAAGCUUGGAUAUCACGAAUAAGAAGGGAUAACAUGCCGCCAUUACAGAAUUGUUACGUCUGUAGCGAACAUUUCACCGAAGAAUGCUUCGAAAGAGAUCUUUUUCAACAGUUAACCGGAGAAAAAAGAAAAAGAAAACUCAAGUCAGAUGCAAUUCCAACUGUGUUUAGCUUUGCCUCUUCUUCAGUGUCCGGCAAAAGAAGGGCAACUUCGGAGAAUCGCAUCAAAAGACAACGACAACAAGAGAUGAUGGAAGACCUCCUCGCUCAACAAGUGUGCGAAGAAGUUAUGGAAGUUGACAGCAAUAAUGAUAAUGMCACAGAACAACCACCACCUAGGACAUGUGAAAUUGGCAUCCAGUGCUGUCUUACUGAUAUACAUUAUUCAAUAACUACAUCAACUGCUACUCAAACUGAUAGUGUAGGUGAUGAUGAUGUUAAUGAUGGUGAUAAACCAAUUAUUAAUGAAGUACAUCCACUUGGAGACCACACGUAUGCAGUGCAAGCAAAUGUUUCACCACAGAAGUCCAAUGCUAGUGUAUCCCCACAGAAGUCUGUUAAGUCAAUUGGGUCAUUUUUGUCAGAUGACGAAGUUCAGAGUGAUGAUGAUGGCGAUGACGACUACCAAAUCCCUUGUUCCCAAGAAACACAUUCCUCGACUGACAGUGAGAUAUCAGAACCAGACACCACCUUUGAGAGCUUUGUUGAUGAACCUAAAUAUUUGGUGUUUAUGUCAAACUUGCAGGAGCUGUUUCGUUUUUGUAAAAAAUGUGGUGCUGUCAUAAUUUCAGAACCACAAUUCUCACACACAGGAAGUAUGGUCUCUGUCAAAACAACAUGUCUCAAUGACCAUGAGAUGGUGUGGAACUCACAGCCUUUAGUCAAUGGUGGUUGUGUUGGAAAUUUAUUAAUUUGUUCUUCUAUUCUGUUCACUGGAAAUACUUAUAGCAGACUAAAUGACUUUGCCACAUGCCUUGGGCUUCAUUUUAUCAGUGAAAAGUCAUUUUAUCGUAAGCAAGAUAAGUUUUUAUUCCCUGUCAUAAAUGACACAUGGGAAAUAGAAAGACGGAACACUAUUGAACAGUUGUUGACUCAGGAGAAAGUUAAUUUGAAUGGUGAUGGAAGGUGUGAUAGUCCUGGCCACAACGCAAAGUAUAGUACUUAUACAAUGAUGGACAGUGACACUGGCAAAAUUGUAUCAUUCAAUCUUGUGCAGGUUACAGAGGUGACAUCUUCAAAUGCCAUGGAGAAAGAGGGGUUUGUGCGCUGUUUAAGGAAUUUAGAGGACGAUGAUGAGGUGGAAAUUGAUAUGAUAACUACUGAKAGACAUACCUCCAUAACAAGUGCAAUGGAAAAGGAUUACGCUCAUAUCAAACAUCAAUAUGAUGUUUGGCACUUAUCCAAAUCAAUAGUUAAAAAAUUGAAUAAGAAGGCAAAGUUGAAGAGUAACCAGGAACUUGCUCAAUGGAUCCAGUCUAUUUCGAAUCACUUGUGGUGGUGUGCGGCAACAUGUGGGGGUAAUGUACAGCUCCUGAGAGAGAAGUGGGUAUCCAUAUUGAGCCAUGUUACCAACAAGCACACAUGGGGGUCAGCAGAGCUCUUCACAAGGUGCGCACAUCCUCGUCUUUCUAGAAGAGAAGUUCGUUCGAAGAGCUGGUUGAAACCAGGGUCAUCAGCUUAUGUAGCGCUUGAAGAAAUCGUUCUUCAGCCAAAGCUUCUGAAAGAUAUUGGAAAGCUCACUGAGUUCUGUCACACUGGUGGCCUGGAGGUCUACCACUCCAUGGUUUUGAAGUACUGCCCUAAACGAGAGCACUUCUCUUACAAGGGAAUGGUGGCCAGAACGCAGCUUGCUGCAAUUGACAACAAUCGCAACACCAAUCGAAAACAGGCUGAGAUCAUGGAUGGUGAAAGGAAGGGAGAAGCACGCUAUCGAACAUGCUUUACUAAGAUGCAAAAGCGCUGGGUAGUUAAACCAAUUAAAGAGAAGAAGAGUCUUGAUUUCCUCCCAGAGAUGCAGAAAAAAGUUUUGAAAAUGUGCAGUGCCACAGAAGAUUACCUGAAAGCCGAUGAGGUCGAGCUCCCUGCCAACAUUGCAAGUCAACCGAAUCCUGACAAGCAAGAGUUGAUUGAAAGGCACAGGUCUAGAUUCUCAAGAUGAUAAUUUAUUGAUAAGUAUUAUUAACCAGUAAAGAAAUAUUGUAAUUUUAUAGUAAUGUAAC